UGGAGUAUCUGAAAGGUCAUCCGCUGAUGGAAGAAGUUCCAGUUCUGGGUGGAAAUUCACUGAAGACGGCAAGUAUACUACCAAAUCACUGGUUGAUCUGAUUGGAACAUUCCAUGAUCUAGGAUGUUGCAUCCCCACACUAUCAGUCGAUUCUGUGGCCAUAAAUAGUGCAGGCAGGUUUGAAUUGGUCGAAGACAAGAGCCAGUUCACUGCUCUAACUCCAGGGGGAGUAAGGAUGGACUAUCUAAAUGCAUCAUUACUGUUGGAGAAAUUGGUGGCUGUUUCAAUGGGAGAGCACAUGAUAAAUUGCAUCCCUAUAGAUACCAGCAUACUAUUGAUGUUAAUGAAGACGAAUGGCUAUCUGUAUCGUUACCUGAUUGGUAACCAUACCAGCUUGUUGCCGCUUCACAACAGAUCAACUGUGUUUAUGGAAUUUUUUGACUACAUCAACUUCUACAUACCAAAUUUCAAAAGAGAGCUGAAGGGCAAGGUUGAGAACUAUAUGCCAUACCGCAAAAUGUGGGUUAUUAUGGCUUCCAACAACAGCUAUAUGAUUGAGUGGCUUAAGUAUCAGGAUCGACUUGCAGGAAAACAGGUCAGCGGCAAGUGGUAUGAAUUUCUGCGGAUUGUACGGAAUGUGAUAUGCCACAAGAUGAAAUUGCUGAUGAAUGGGAAGGUCUACCAAGCAGCAGAAGUUGAAAAUAUGUUGCAGGCCAUCUUCCCAGCGUUGCUACCCAAUAUUCAGGAGUUUCUUUGGAAGGAAGGCUGUUUGAGAGAUUUCAAUAUGGAGACAUACUUCAUGCACAGGAAAAUCACAAAGUGGUCACUGAAUAAGAGAGGCCACUGAUGAGAUAUUUCAAUCUGAAAACAUACUGGCUCAGCCACAUCAACACUCCCAUCUUAUAUUCUUAUGCUGCCAUCAGUCAAGCAUAUUAAGAAAAACAUGUUGUACAGAUGUAGCUGGUGAGUUUGUCAGAAAGUGAAGUUCUGGGGGCAGCCUUUUCCAGUUUCUGGUCCCUUUACAGUCAUAUAAAAUCUGUGGAAAUAACAGUAAAGUGUACGUGUUAUUGCCAAUCCUGAACAAUAUAUUGGUGUUUGACUUCCAUCAAGAGAUUUCUAUAGGAGGUUUGUUCUUGCACUUAGAGAAAAGAUUAUUAGUUUACAACAAGAGAAGGUCAGCUUUCACCUAA